AUGCUCGGCGCUCUCGCCCUGUUCGCCCUUGCGAGCGCGGCGUCGGCGGGUCGUGUGCCACCGCCCACCCCAGAGGAUGCCCGCUUCACCUACUUCUACACCACCGACCUCGGGAAUGACAACCACGAGAUCAUGAAGCAGCGGCUCAGCGCGCACCCCGCGGAUGCCACCAAGUGCGCCGCGCUGUGCGCGGGUGCCAUCGGCGCGACGUGCAAGACCUGGUCGUUCUGCUGGAAGGCCGGCACCUGCUCCCUGAUGGCGGCGCUCCCCGACUCUAUCUCAAAGGACUCAAAGGGCAAGAGCACCUACAACCCCAAGUGCGUCAGCGGGAUCCUGAACGAGGACAAGAAGGAGGACGAGUCCGGCCCCGCCGGCUCAGAGGAUGCCGGCGACGACGCGAUCAGCCUGCAGUACUCAAACGAGUGCACCAUGCCCAUCGUGGCCGCGGUGCACUACAAGGACUUCGACGGAGAGUGGGUCACGGGCCCCUGGGUCGCCCUCGCGCCCGGCCAGACCAAGGAGGUCGCCAAGACCCGCAACACCGUCUUCUACUCGUAUGCCAAUGAGAAGGGCGAUCCCGAGUGCGUCAAGGGCUGCUGGGACGGCGAGGACACCUUUGAGAAGGUGGACGCCAGGAAAUUUGGGUUCCGGGAGCAGAACAUGCCGGAGGGCAUCGAGCUUGGCGAUGACUACACCCACGUUUUUGACUGCGGGUCUAAGAAGAAGAAGCUGCUGCUCCUAGCUCUGGCUGUUGCACUGCCAGCGGUUGCCGGCAGGUCUGCGCCGCUGCCGGCGCAACAUGCGCCGGAAGCAGCAGCAGCAGCUGCUGCGGCGGCGGCAGCGGCCGCGCUCCCGCCGCGGCAGCACGUGCUAGCCGACGGCCUGAGGGCCGUGCGCUACUGGCAGGAGCUGACCAACUACACGCACGCGUCGUGCGGCUGGGAGCACGGCACUCUCAUGACGGGGGUGCUGGCGCUGCAGGAGGUGCUGGCGCAGCGCAACGAGAGCGCCGCCGCAGCAGAGGGCCUCUGGGAAUGGGGCAGGAAGUUUGGGGACGACUUCUCAUGGAAGCUUUGCAGCCCCAACGGACGCGGCGGCGGCGAGCUCAACCCCGACAACCAGAUCUGCGCCGCCUCGUACGCCCAGACCUACCUGGCCGCCCCCCUCGGGAAGCGCGACCCGAUCUGGCUGGCCGACGCCGCGACGAGGUAUCGCUCCGAGGCAGCCUCGGACGACGUGCACUGGCAGUGGGUAGACACGCUCUUCAUGGCCAUGUCUGUCUGGGCGCGGAUGGGCGCGGCCACCGGCGACGAGGUAUACUUCGAGACCAUGCACCGCAACUUCCAGAGGGCGGUUACGGGUUUUGGCCUGUGGUCGGAGCGCGACUCGUUGUUUUACCGCGACCCGCCGGCCAAGCGGGCGCACGACCAGGAGGGCGUGUUCUGGUCCCGCGGCAACGGCUGGGCCGCGGGCGCGCUCGUCGCCGCGCUGCGCCACGCGGCCCCGCCGGGCGGGCCGCCCCCCGCGUCCCCCGCCCGCGCCCGCGCGGCGGAGGGCUACGCGUGGACGCUGCGGCGGCUCGCGGCGCGGCUGGUCAGCCUGCAGGGCGGCGGCGUCGGCGGCUGCUGGCCGGUGUCGCUGACUGAUCCUGGUUUUUUCAAAGUGCCAGAGACGACAGGCACGGCCAUGUUCGUGCACGCGCUCGCGUACGGCAUGAGGGCCGGCCUGCUCGACGCACGGACGCACCUGCCGGCGGUGCGGCGGGGUUGGGAGUGCCUCAGCCGCGUCGCGCUGCAGCCGUCGGGCCGCGUGGGGUGGUGCCAGUCGGGGGGCGACCGGCCGCACAGGAACAUCAAAGCAGAGAUCACGAGCGACUUUUGCGUCGGGAUGUUUGCGCUGGCGGCGGCGGAGGUCGCCCAGCUGGCGGGGUAG